UAUAUUACAAGGCGUACAUCGUAUACGUAUUGGUUUAGUAGUUGGUCUCCAUGAGUUUGGUACCAAUAUUAAAACUGACAUCAAUGCGUUAAAUUGAGCUUGUCUGUUUUCAAGAUAUUAUAUUGUAAUAGCAUAAGCCAUAAUAUGCUGUUCGUUUUGAUUCUGUUAAAUUUGAUCGUCAUAACAUCAACCACUGGUAGUUGGCAUCAACUUGAUGGCAUCGAAUAUUACAUUGAGUAUACAACAGUUAAUGCAAAUAUAGCAAAGGAAGGUUGUAAAGCAAUGAACGCCAUUCUAGCUGUUGUUAAAUCAAAACGAAUUCAAGAUUUUCUCGUGACAAAUAUUGACAACUCAAAAUUAACAGGUGGACCAUUCGCAUUCUACAUUGGUUUGAGUCGUACCAGUUCAACUACAUUGCAAUGGUCGGAUGGUACAACAACUAAUACAUCGGUCUUCACUUAUUGGGAUGCCACUGAUGACGUCUAUGAUGACAGGAAACUUUGCGUUACAAUGGGAUUCCACGCUGCAUUUAAUAUAUUAUUUAAAUGGAAGAUUGAAGAAUGCUCGAAGAUCGUUCGGUAUAUUUGUCAACGUAAGCUCCGUACAGUUUUUACCCAAUGUGGCAUUAGCUUAGGUUAGUUACAUACUUAGAAUAAUUUGGUAUUUACCUAAACUUAAUAGGCAACACACCAACAACAACAUCGCCUACAACAAUCACAUUAACAACUACAACAUCAAAACUGCUUACCACAUCUGUUACAACUGAACAAACAACAAAAUUUAAUAAAGUAACCUCGGGCGAUACAAGAGUGGUGGGUUAUGCAAUGAUCGGUGUUGGAGCAAUCGUUGUCCUUGUAAUUUGUGGAAUAAUCUACAUCAAGUAUUACAGAAACAACAAACCUACGACUGAUAACGUCAACAAGAGAAAAUCUGGUUCUGAGGAAGAUGAUGGUCCAGUUGUGGUUGACAAUGUAUUGUACGGAACAUCUGCUGAACCAAUUCAAGAUCUAUACGAAGAAGCUGACAACGCAAGCACAGAUAAUGGUCAAAACGAAACAGACGACAACAGUCGUGAUGAACCGUCAGGAGAUGUUUACGCUCAAGUUGUGAAACAGAAUUAGAAGUCGACAAAAUUAUACGAUGUACACACAAACUUGUUACUAAAUGUAACAUCGUUCAUUCCACAGUAAAAUUGGGUUUAGGGUUGUAUUUCUUAACCUUUUAUUAUACGUUUUCGUUUUUCAAAUAUAUAGUAAAGUGGGGGAAAAUGGGACAUCUUUAACACAUAUAUCCAAAUAGCCAAUUAACAACGGUCUAUGGAAGUCGUGAAGAUGCGGUUCUAUAAUUCAUUGAAUGUUCUUUGUUUACUACCAAAUGAAAAGAAAAAAUUAUACGAAAAGAUGUCCUAUCUCCCCCCACCCUACUAUACUUAAAACCUGUAGACCCCUAGUCUAUCAAUAAUAAAUUGUAUUUGUUUUAACG